AUAGCUAAAAGCACAAAAGUUGCAGCUCAAAUCGUGAAAUGUUUGUGCCAUUGAUGAUGAGCAAUUAUUAAUUAUUCUGACUUGUCGGCUCAUCGUUUGUCCAGAGGCUCCGGAUUCCUCAUCCUCACUCUAAAAUCCUCUCCAUCCACUCAACGCCCACCUACCCCCCACCAACUAGCCAACAGAAUGGUUACGCCGCCGAUCAAAUUUGGGAUUCUGGGCUGCGCCGGCAUCGCCCGGAAAGUGUCUCGGGCCAUAACCCUCUCCCCGAACUCAACUCUCUAUGCCGUCGGCAGCCGCUCAGUGGAAAAGGCCGCCAAAUUUGCUAGAGAAAACGGGUUCCCGGAGUCGGCUAAGGUUUACGGCUCGUAUGAUGCCGUCUUGGAUGACCCCGACGUAGACGCCGUCUAUAUCCCGCUCCCCACCAGCUUGCAUAUCAAAUGGGCCGUGCUCGCUGCCCAAAAGAAGAAGCAUGUGCUGUUGGAGAAGCCAGUGGCUCUGAACGUCGGAGAGCUGGAUGCGAUUCUCGAGGCGUGUGAAUCCAGUGGGGUGCAGAUCAUGGACGCUACCAUGUGGAUGCAUCAUCCGAGGACGGCCAAAAUGAGGGAGUUCUUGUCGGAUAAUUCGAUGUUUGGCGAACUCAAAUCUGUGCUCAGCUGCUUCACCUUUGCUGCAGACAAAGAUUUUCUAGAGAAUGACAUCCGCGUGAAGCCCGACCUCGAUGCUCUUGGUGCCCUCGGUGAUGUGGGGUGGUAUUGCAUCAGAUCAAUCUUGUGGGCUGUUGAUUUUGAGCUGCCCAAAUCAGUACUUGCAUUGCGUGGCACAGUUUUAAAUAGCUCGGGAGUCAUUUUAGCUUGCAGUGCUUCUCUGCUAUGGGAAGAUGGAAAGACCGCAACCUUCCACUGUUCGUUUUUGGCCAACUUGACAAUGGAUGUGACUGUAGUUGGAACAAACGGCACUCUGCAUUUUCACGACUUUGUAAUCCCUUUCGAGGAGAAGAAGGCUUCGUUCUCCACAUCCAUCAAAUCGGGAUUCAAUGAGUUGGUGACGGGAUGGGAGCCAAAACCAAGUCAACACACCGUUACAACAGAACUCCCUCAGGAAGCCCUUAUGUUGAGCGAGUUUUCCCGGCUUGUUGGAAGCAUCAAAUUUGAAAAUGCAAAACCAGAGAAGAAGUGGCCGAUGCUUAGUAGGAAAACACAACUUGUUUUGGAUGCAGUGAAGGCAUCGAUCGAGAGAGGUUACGAAACUGUUGAGGUCAUGAACUAGGUUACUUUUGUUGCAUGCUUAUGUUGUCCCUGCCUGGCAUGUGUGUUUACUAUGUGCAUCUCCUGCCAAUUUAUUGUGAAAUCCUUGUUGUGAACCAGUAAUGUCAGUGCAAACUCUGUGUAUUCAGGCCUGGUGCCUGUUUCAUUGAGAAUAAAAUCUCCAGUUGAUUGUGAAUAA